CUUUUACUUUGUUUCUCUUUCUAUUGAACCAUGUCUAAUUUUUACAAGCUUGAGACUUCUCUUCAUAGUCAUGAACAAGAUGUCAAAGCGGUAGCCUGUCUCUCAAACGACUUCAUCAUAUCAGGCUCCCGUGAUAAGUCUGUGCGAUCCUGGACACGAACGACUCUAAACAGCUUUUCUCCUCACAAUACUUAUCUAGCCCAUGAUCAUUAUGUUAAUGCUUUGGUUGCCCUUCCACCAACAGAAAACUACCCUGAAGGAGGUCUUUUUGCUUCGUCUGGGUCUGAUAAAUUGAUUCAUGUUUAUGAAUCCUUUAGUCCAUCUAGUCCUUUAUAUACAUUAGUUGGUCAUUCCGAGAAUGUCUGUGCUCUAUCUGUUACCCCUAAUGGUGAUAUUAUAUCAGGAUCUUGGGAUCAGACAGCUAUUGUUUGGAAAAACUUUCAAAAAGCAUACACUCUUGAAGGUCAUACUGCUGCUGUGCUUGGUGUUUUAGGUUUUGAAAAUGAUACAUUCUUGACAGCUUCCGCGGAUAAAACCAUUCGAUUAUGGCAAAAUGGAAAACAUACAAAAACAUUCAAUGGUCAUCAAGAUGUGGUCCGUGGACUUACUCUAGUGCCAGGUGUAGGUUUUGCUUCAUGCUCAAACGAUGGAACAAUUCGGAUUUGGAGCUUGAAUGGUGAAUGUUUACAAGAAUUAUAUGGUCAUACGUCAUUUGUCUAUUCUCUAGCAACUCUUACUACUGGAGAAUUGGUAUCCUCUGGUGAAGAUCGCACAGUCCGUAUAUGGAAAGAUGGUGAUUGUAUUCAAACUAUUCAGCAGCCUUGUAUCUCUGUAUGGUGUGUAGCCACUUUACCUAAUAAUGAUAUUGUAGUCGGUGGUAGUGAUGCAGUUGUUCGUCUAUAUACCCGCUCCAAUGAAAGGGCAGCAAGUGCUGAAGAUAUCAAGGAACUGGAAGAUUUAUUAGCGAAUCAAGCUAUUCCCUCAAAUCAAAUUGGUGAUGUGAACAAAAACGAUUUACCUGGACCAGAAGCCUUAUUACAACCGGGAAAAAAGGAAGGGCAGGUACUUAUGGUGAAUGUGAAUGGAUCAGUCGAAGCACAUCAAUGGGACUCAACUAGUAAAUCAUGGCAAAAAAUUGGAGAAGUAGUUGGUGGUGUUGGCUCUGGUCAAAAACAAUUCUAUAAUGGGAAGGAAUAUGAUUUUGUAUUUGAUAUUGAUAUUGGUGCAGGACCCAAUAGCAUGUUGAAAUUACCUUACAAUCUCAAUCAAAACCCUUAUGAUGCUGCUCAGAAAUUCCUUUUGGAUAAUGAAUUAUCACCAAUGUAUGUAGAUCAAAUUGUGGAUUUCAUUAGCAAGAAUACUCAAGGUGUCUCUAUUGGUCAAUCUACUACUGAAUAUCAAGAUCCUUUUACUGGUGGUAGUCGCUAUACUCCUGGGCAGUCUGGUACUACAACACCAUCAGUAGGAUCAUUUAUUGAUCCAUUCACUGGAGCGUCUGGUUAUCAUGGUUCUAAUACUCCUACACCUACGACUACCCCAGCUCGUUCUCAAGUUCCAAGAAAAUCUAUUCUUCCUGUUCAAACCUAUCUAUCACUGAAGCAAGCCAAUGUGGAUGCUGUUGUCAACAAACUUCGAUCACUUAACAAUGAAAUCGCUCAAGACAAAUUAGACGAAAGUGAAUUAGCAUCUUUGGAACGAUUAGUUCAAUAUCUCAAAAAUCCGAAUUCAACAUCGUCAGUUGGUGAAGAUGGCUUGUUUACGAUUGUGAAAAUAUGUCAACAUUGGCCUAUCAAGGAUCGAUUCCCUGCUCUGGAUAUACUUCGACUUUUAGCGCUCUAUGCCCCUGAGGACUUGAUCUCUGCUGUACCCAAUGGCAAUGCAGUGGCAUUCUUUUCAAUGACAAGUAGGAUUUUGGAAGCAGCUUCAUCAUCAAAUACUUUGGACAAAGUGGCAGAAACCAACGCCAUGUUAGGUUAUCGAGGAUUGGCCAAUUUAUUCAAUCAUCAAGUUGGUAGGAAGGCUAUCUUGGAUGAAUUACAAACCUUGAUCUCUACUGUACAAAAUGAUAUUGUAUUAAAAUACAAAGCCAAGUCUACUCGAUUAGCCAUCAGCACAUUAUCACUCAAUUUUGCGGUAUUUUUGACAAAUGAAGCAAGAGAUGAAGAUACAGAAAUCAGCCUUACGGGUUCAUUGGUGGAAUUGAUCAAACAAGAACAAGAUGAAGAAAAUCUGUAUCGAUUACUGAUGGCUCUUGGUACUUUGUUCAUCCAUUCUCCUCCUUGUCUUGAAAUGGCCAAUAUCCUUGACAUCAAGGUGGAACUCCGUCGACUUAAACAAGCCAUGUCAGGAAGAGAUCGUAUGCAACAUGUCUUAGAUGAAUUGGUGGCGUUAUCAAAAUAGAUCAUAGUUUAAUGAUAUAUAUAUAUGUUAUAAUGAAGUUUGGUAGUUAGUUUUAUUGAUUAUUUUGAAAAAUUGAAAAUAAAUACAAAGAAUGGAAAUAAAUACGGUAUUGGAUUUGAUAAAAAGAGAGAGAGAGAGAGAGAGA